AACGGUCAGAGUAUUUGUUCAAAGGGUUGUCGUCGAGAAACACAGACGAAUGGCUCUGUUGGUAAGGCCUCUAAUCCUAUCGCCGGUGUCCAAAUGGCCUCUCCGGCGCUGCAUAAACUCCAUUUCCGACUCAAAACUGUCGAAUUUUUCCACCGGAAUUUUCAAAUACCGCCCAUUCUUUACGGGAACAAGUCCUUCGAUUCUCAUCCACCGGAAAAAUCUUCAUUUAUCUCGAUCGCGCGGUCUCCGUCCGGCGGACGCUCCGUUGCCGUCCGAAGUCAGUCAGAGAGAUAGCGAAUCUGAUUCUUCAGAUGCAGCAUGGAAGAGCCGGAAUGAGAAGAAACGAGAGGCUCGUCGGGGUGUUCGUUGGGCUAUGCAGCUUGCCGACUUCAAUGAUUCUCAAAUUAAACGUAUCCUCAGAAUCGCUUCACUUGAAGAAGAGGUGUUUGAUGCUCUCAUGUUGGUGAAGAGAUUAGGCCGCGAUGUCCGAGAGGGAAAGCGAAGGCAGUUCAGUUAUAUAGGAAGGUUGUUGCGGGACGUGCAACCUGAAUUAAUGGAUGGAUUGAUUCAAGCAACUAAAGAUGGUGAUCAACAGAAGUUGCUGGAGUUAUCUGGUUCAGAUAAAUUGGACCUUGGAGAGACGGGUGAGGAGGAAGGAGAAACCGAAGAUGAAGAUGACGAUGAGGAGGGGUUUGGUGAUUACCAUGAUAUAGCAACCAGAUGGUUUGAUGGCUUGGUUAACAAAGAUGUCGAUAUCGCUAAUGAGAUUUACUCUCUUAGUACUGUCGAGUUUGACCGUCAAGAGUUGCGUAAACUUGUGCGAAAUUUCUGCUCUAUGCAAGACCGUAAUGCCACUACAUCAGAGGAGAAGGUUGGCACAGAAACAGACGUAGGACUAUCGAGAGCUAAAAGACACCUAACUCGUUUUCUAGUUGCACUUGCUAAACAGCUACCAACCGAAGAAAACUACACACUUUAGUGUUUGCACUGCAUUUCUAAACGUAGAAACAAAAGAUUAUUUGCGCUUCCGAGUUCCGAAGCCUCUCAAAUUCAGUACUUACGUAUAGAUUGAUGCAGCAACUUAGGUUGUAAAAUUUGCGGUGUGAUGUCUACAUGAUCCGUGGCAGUUUUUAGCAACCGUUCAGCCAAAGAAACAUGGCUUGUUUUAGAGAGAUGAAGUUGAAAAAUCUGAAUGGAUUUGGCUGGAAGAUAUCAAAUGGAGGAACUAGAAAGUGUAGUUAUUAUAGGCCAUUUGUUGUAGUAUAUUAUUAGUUAAUUUAGAACUUGUCUAUUAGCAGCUUAACGAGACUCGCAACUUAUUUUGUCAACAAUAUACGACUGUUUGGUAGUGGCUUAUUCAUUAAGCUUCUAAGCGAGAUCUUUAUGCAAAAAGCCAAGUUUUUCGCAAACCUGCCCUUUCUAAUUAGAUACCACACUCCUUUCAUCUAUGAAAAAACUCUUCCAAACAAAAACUUUUCCAAUCUAAAUGGGCAGAUUAAUCUACACAGACAGAAGUUGGUCCUUCAACAACCAAGAAAUUUCAAGAAACCAAAGUACUUGAUAGGUCGAAUCCAAUCUCUAUUGUCCAACAGAAGCUGGUCGCACGACUCAUAUCCUAGGUGGGUGGUGCCUGGAGUACGUCGAACCCCAGAACUCGGUGAGUCCACAUACCACUAUCCAGAUGGGAAUAGCCAUAAUCUGCUCUUAACUCUUCCUAAUGUUCCAGCCACAUAUAUAAAGAAUGCAAUUUGAAACAAGAACUUGGGAUCACAUGAGACCAUCCUGUUUUUCAUAAGACCACAAAAAUAACACCGAACCUUCACAA